UCUUCCUACAUCUUAACUUGGCAAGCACUACUGCUAGUUCGGCUACUAGCUAUAGGUAGCUAGCCAUCUAGUACUGGUACCAACCAACAAGUGCAGAGCUCGAUCAAACCAACCCAUGGCAUGAACUCCACCGCAACCGCGAUCCAUCUACCUAGCAGAUGGCUGCCAACUACUACUGGGGUAUGUGGGGCGCCGCCACUACCAGUAGUACAGCUGCUCCCUGCCCGGCGCCGGCGUCAGCAGCUGAGCCGUCUUGGGAGGAGCAGGCGUUCGCGCGGGACGCCGCGGGCCACCUUGGUGCCGGCUGCGUGUGGCCGCCGCGCUCCUACACCUGCACCUUCUGCCGCCGAGAGUUCCGGUCUGCUCAGGCGCUCGGCGGCCACAUGAACGUGCACCGCCGCGACCGAGCUCGUCUCCGGCAGUGCGCCUCCCCGCCAGACCAUCAAGCACAGCCCCAGCCCACAAGCCCUCAUGAUCAUCAUGAGCACCUUCAGCCAGGGAUGCAGUAUAGGGCGGCAGUGCGCCCUAAAUCUCCACAGGAUCAGCAGGCCAGCAUGAUAGGCCCCUCUACUACCUCUCCUUCCUAUAUAUCCAGCAUCAUCAAAGAGAGCAGGAACAAGGUGUUCAUCUCCAUGCCUGCUGAGGAAGCCUCGGAAAGCGGCGAUGAGGGGGAAAGGAGGAAGCGCAGGCGUGUCGUCGAUCAGCCUCCAGCGGUGGCGCUGCCGUUCUUCCUGCGGCGUUCACCAGCAUCAAGUGAAAGAGAGGGAAUGCAAGGAGCUGACGACGGUGAUACAAAGGUACCCAAAGCAGCCCCAAGCCCUAGCCCUCUCCUUCUUGGAGUAGGCCGGCAAGAAGUGGAUCUAGAGCUUAGGCUUGGGACUAGCUAGCUGCUGCUCCCAAAGUUGCAUGAUUUAAUCUUCUAAUUUUGCACUUCCAACUCGAUCGUGUGCGUGGGUGUUCAUGCUUCAGUUCUUCUUUUCCCCCUCGGCCUCUAUUUCCUUUGUGCUUAAUUCUUUUUGAUUGCCCUUAGUCAAUUUAUCCGAAUCCAAAGGCUUGUUUCUCUACAUAUGUGUGUAUAUAUGUAUGUCGAUCGAACUCUGCAAAAGCUCAAAUCAAAUCAUGUUACAAUUUGUA